AUGGACAUCGGUCGGGGCUUCCCCGAUAUGGGCAUGGCGGCCGUCACCGGCGGAUCGCCUCCUGGCCGCUCCUCCGGCGUCGAUCACGCGCAUCUCGAGCAAGCUGAUCCUAGGAUGCCGAAGCAUAGGACUUGGUCGCGUGCGUCGUCCGCCUGCCAGACGUGCCGCGGCCGCAAGACCAAAUGCGACAACGAGAGGCCGAUAUGCGGCUAUUGUAGGAGGGUCGGGGCGACUUGCACAUAUAUCGAGGACUCGGCUCCGGCAACGUCAUUAUGUCAAGGUGUAGGACCACGUUUGCUGGGAGCAAUAGAGAACCUGGCCAACCUCAUUCAACGCAACGAGGAGAACUUUCGCGCUAUCCCGCAACUUAGCCGCGACCUGUCCCGUGACUCAAGCGACUAUCCGGACAGCCCAACCUUCCAAGGUGGACGUCAAGAUGGUCUCCUGUCCGGGCAAGAUGGGAGCUCUGCGGAUGGGGCCAAGAAGUCCAUUCAUCCCUCGUUAUCGGAUACAGCUGGUUUGGACUCCGUGCUGGAGUGGCCAAUCUUUCCUAAACCGGUACCCUUCGCGAUAGACCCCUUCAGCCACGCUUCCCCACGCGGGGAAGUCUUUUCCCCCAGAUCACCCCCGGCCAUGGAGUUCUACGAGCUAUCCCGGCUGGUAGACUUAUAUUUGACCAAUGUUCAUCCCAUGAAUCCCGUCGUCGACGGGCAGAUGCUUCGCCAGAUGCUAAAGCAAGUUGCGGAAAACGGGCCCGACUGGUCGGCGUCCACCUGCAUCGUCGCGCUCUCCUGUGCCCUUGGCGCCAUAUCCCAGAGACCCGGGCAGAGGACGCCAAGCGGAACCCCUCGUGGGUACUCGGUGGAGCCCAACCGUCAUCUGGCGUCGAGGUAUUGGUCAGUCGCCGAGAAACGACUCGGUUUCUCCAUGGGAUCACCUGGGUGGGAGUCUGUACAAUGCUUGUGCCUUGCAGGAAUAUGGCACAUGUACAACAUGGAUCCCUUACAGGCGUGGAAAUGUUUCAGUAUGGCGAGUAACACCUGGUACACUACCUCGCUCACGAACAAACUGACCAUGCCGGCUGGUAAGGCCGAGAUGCUUGAAUACCCCCAGUCACUCUCAUUGGAGCAGAUUCUGUACUUCACUUGCUUCAAGUCUGAAAGUGAGCUGGCGUUUGAGCUAUCUCUCCCCGGCUCCAUCCUCGCCGGAGUGGAUUACCCAUACAGCUUGCCUACUCCACUAACACUCGGUGUCAUGAACCUGGACAACAAGGCCCUUAUGAUGGAGCAACGAUCCUGGUACUACUACUUAGCAGAGAUCUCCGCAAGGCACCUCAUAAACCGCAUCACGCAGGCCCAGAAACGGUGCCCACCACACCCAACUGAGCACGGCAUUGACCGCAUGCUCGAAGUAUUCGAGGUGUUUGAUGCUCAGCUAUCGGACUGGUACGAAUCACUACCUCCUCCGAUAUCAUUUCAAAUACCCAGCGGGGACAUUGCUCCCCUGGGCGAUGACCUGUGUCAAAUGCUUCGUGGAAGGUACUUGGCGAUAAGGGAGCUUUUAUGCAGACCCUUCGUCCGCUUGGCGUCCACCAUCUCCAUCGCACUCACGGUAUCGGAACACAUGGUUGCCAGGGUCGCAGAGAUUGCUUCGAGAGGGUUGCAGUAUUGUCUGUUCAGAAUACAGGCUACGUCUUCUACGCCUCACCAUGGGCUUUGGUUGCAACUGAGAGGUUUUGUGACCUGUUCUCUAAUAUUGACGGCUGCAGAGCGUGCGCAAAGCAUCCCGUCAUUGAACAUGCCAACCAAGGUGUCAUAUCCUCAGAAUUGGAAGCGGACAAUCUUUGCUCAGAAGGAAAUUCUGUCUAACUGUUGGGAAUUUGAGGAAGGAGGCAUAAGCGACUGCGCCAGAGUCUUGGACUGGGCGCUUGCAAAGUUCACGGUCUGA